AUGUGCACCCGCCUCUUCUUCCUUGCUACAAUCUACAACCUCGGGGUUACAUCCAUUAACAAAGACAUACUAGACCCCAGAGAUCCAGACGGCGACUCUACAAUGACCUCUUCCAUCGAGUCCAUCCUCCCUGACGACGGUACUAGAACUGGCGCCCGCACUCCGACCGGCACCGCCCAAGCUUCUUCAGCUGGCGCUGAUGUAUCGGAGCUUUCCCCCCCUGGCUCCCAGACAAAGCAAGAAGCUGGGGCCUUUCUCGGUGACAUUGGGUCUGCGCUGGAACAGCGCGGAGGACAGUCUGCGGAGAAGACGUCCGACUCGAACAUCGCGGCGUGGAAGAGCAAGCGUGCUCAAGAGGAAUACCAGCGUGCUAUGGAGUAUGUCGUUGAUAAAGAUUUCAAGCUAGGUACGUGGCUUCCAGUAUCUACUUGGUUUGGCUUGGGUUAUGUUCCAUCCAUGGAUGUCUGUACAGUGUGCUCACUAGCUUGA